UGUGGUGUGGGUUUAAUAUUUCAUAAGUCGCCGCGCUCUCCUUCUCUCUCUCUCUCUGUAACUUUCUUUACAGCUUAGAUUUCGUUUCCUUUGCUUAGAAACCACAGGCAGGGGGCUUCAUUGUGAAUUCGAGGAAGCAAUGUACAUACGAUGAGUUUUCACAAGGUUGGUGGAUUCAAUGUCAGAGGAAAUCAACGAUGAAACUGUAUUCUUGAAUUUUUCUUUUCGUAUAGAGAUUGAAAAGGAUAACCGUGUACUUCUUCACAAAGAUGAGGAACAUAACGACCAUCAAUUCUCACAGAUACAAUGAUCCUGAUCUUCAAUGAAUCAUCCAAACUCUAACUUCUAAUUAGCUUGUGCCUACUUAUGAAUUUUCAGUGACGGAUUGAAAGAUUAAAUCAAUAGUUUAUUGAAAAAUGGCUAUUGCUGGUCUACAUAAUGUCUCUGUUCAUGAUUCUUCAUUUAUUAGAGAAUCUCAAUCUCAAGCAUCAAGGCAGUUAGGAAAUGAAAGUAACAUAAGCACCCGGGCAUCCUCUCUUCUACGUAUAUGGCGAGGACUUGAGGAUGAGCAAGUGGUGAGAGGCACAGAGGAGAGAGUUAGCGAAAGAUCUAUUGAUCUCUCAAGAAAUGAUGCAGCUGAAAGGCAAAGUACUGUACGGGGGGAUGAUUCAGAGAAUAUGGGGAUGAAUAUCAAUGAGAAUGAUACUGACACAUGGUCCGACAUACAAACUGCUUCACAAAAUGAUGAUGAGGAUUCUGGUGAAUUUGGGGUUGUUGAGAGGGAGAGGGUUAGGCAAAUUUUUAGAGAAUGGAUGAAUAGUGGCGUGGGGGAACAUUCACCUAACGUUUCCCAAAUGAGUAACGGCUCAAGGGCAGAGUGGCUUGGUGAAACAGAGCAGGAGAGGGUGCGAAUGAUAAGAGAGUGGGUGCAAAAGAAUAGCCAGCAGAGAGGCACUCAUGAUGGAAAUGGGGAAGUCCAAACUGCUGAGGUAGGUACUCAGGUUGCACAAAUUUGUGAUGCAUUGGUUGGAAAUCAGCACGAAGGCCGGAUCCAGCGUGCUAGGAGGGGUAUUCGCAGGUUAUGUGGCAGACAAGCUCUCCUUGAUAUGGUCAAGAAGGCUGAGAGAGAAAGACAGACAGAAAUUCAAGUAUUGUCGGAGCAACAAGCUGUAUCAGGCUUUGCUCAUCGCAACCGCAUUCAGUCAUUACUCAAAAGUAGAUUCUUGCGAAACAAUAGAUUGACUGCAAAUGCGAGAUCUGUAUCUGUUGCCGAAUCCGAGUUGGGCCUUUUAAGGCUAAGACAUACAGUGUCUGGUUUGAGGGAAGGAUUCUUCUCCAGAUUGGAUAAUUCUGUUCAAGAUCAAGCAAGUAGCCGGCAUUCUGACACCACAUAUAACAGUGAUGAUGGUGAUUCUCUAACUGACCUGAAUCGCACAAGGAGUUUUGAGGUCCUAGAUGAUCUUCUUGGACGUUCUGGGCCAAGUAACGUGGAAAGUCAUAACGCAGGCUCUUAUAGCAUUGGUCUAACUGAAGUCAGAUCUGAUCUAGAAGGAAGUACUGCUGAAGGUAGAGAAGCAUCUCUUGAUGCGGUAGAAAGUACACAAGAACAGGUUGCAGAGAAUGGUUUAGCCAGCCAAACAGCUGAUAUCAACUCGAUGGAGAUGAGAGAAGAUUCAGGACAAAUUGAUACCCGUGAGGAAAAUGACGAUAUUGGAGUAUUAUCAGAUCAUUCUGGAAGUUUUCAGGACAAUGAUCUUGAAAAUGUAGAUCCGCUGGAAUCUACUUCUCACGAGGAACUGAAUGAAGAACUAGGUAUGGGAGUUGAGCCAAAUGAUUGGCAAGAAUCUGGUUUUCAACGGGAUGAAUGGGAAAAUAGCAUUGAAGAAGAUAUAAACGAAACUCAGUUGGAAAGCAUCACUACUAAUUGGUCUGGAGAAUUCUUGAGUACGACACAUAGAGGAGAUAUUCAUCUGCAAAAUGCACCUGGAGCUUCACAUGAAAAUGUUAUCUUUGUGGAGGAUGUGCCUAAUUGGUUAGAGGGCUCUCCUAAUCGGGAGGCUACAUCCAGCCGAAGGUCGGAGACCUUUUAUUUUCCUGAAGAGAAUAAUGUGCCUAAUGGGGAAAUCAGAGAACUUUUAAACAGGAGAAGUGUCUCUACUCUUCUUAGUAGUGGUUUUCGAGAAAGUCUUGACCAGUUAAUUCGAUCUUACAUAGACAGGCAAGGUCACAGUACCAGUAACGGGGAUCUAGAUGAGAUGAUAUCCCCUUACACGUCUGCAGAACAAGAGCAAGAGCAUGACAGGCAGACCGCAGGUCAAGCGGGUUCUGCUGAGAGCCAUCCACUUGAUUUGCCUCUACCACCUGCAAUGCCCUCUCGGCAACUUUGGGAUCAUGAAUUGAGUCAUGAUAGUUGGUCAAGGCGUGAUUUCCGUCAGCAGUUUGGAGCGGACUGGGAGAUCAUUAACGAUUUGAGGAUCGACAUGUCUAGGCUGCAGCAGAGGAUGAGCAACCUACAAAGAAUGUUGGAGACAUGCAUGGACAUGCAACUUGAGCUGCAGCGCUCAAUUAAGCAAGAAGUUUCUUCUGCACUGAAUCGAACAUCUGGUUCAGAAGGGAUAUUUGAAGAUAGUUUACCAGACGAAGAACCCAAAUGGGACCGAGUAAGGAAAGGAAUUUGUUGUAUAUGCUGUGAUAACCAUAUUGAUGCUUUGUUGUACAGAUGUGGGCACAUGUGCACAUGUUCAAAAUGUGCUAACGAGUUGGUUGAAGUAAGAGGAAAGUGUCCGAUGUGUCAUGCGCCUAUUCUAGAAGUGAUUCGUGCUUACUCCUUAUGACGAAUUAGAUGACAAUAAGGACAAAAAAUGAGACUAAUAGUGAGAUUCGUUGAUCUUCAUCCUCUUGUUCCUUCCUUCCAUCCCAUCCAUCCAGGUGUCUUACUGAUUCUUCUCGUCCAAAUUUCUAUACAUAUAAAGUUUAUUAUACGAUGAUGGACGAUUGAAAUAAUAUAUGUAAUCUCUAUUAUUGAUUAAUCUAGCGAGAAUAAAUACGAUGAGUGGAUUUAGAAACCUUA